AUGGGUGGCCAACUCUCAAAGAUGAUGGGCAAGAUCUUCGGAUCCAAGGAGAUGCGCCUGCUCAUGCUGGGUCUCGAUGCCGCCGGAAAGACCACCAUCCUCUACAAGCUCAAGCUCGGCCAGGACGUCACCACCAUCCCCACCGUUGGCUUCAACGUCGAGACCGUCACCUACAAGAACGUCAAGUUCAACGUCUGGGACGUCGGUGGUCAGGACAAGAUCCGUCCCCUCUGGAGACAUUACUUUAGCGGAACCCAGGGCCUCAUCUUCGUCAUCGACUCCUCCGACCGCGCGAGAAUCGAGGAGGCCAAGUCCGAGCUGCACAGGAUCAUCAACGAUCGCGAAAUGAAGGACAGCUUGCUGCUGGUGUUCGCGAACAAGCAGGAUAUCAAUGGAGCCAUGAAGCCGCAAGAAGUCACCGAGGCCCUCCAGCUGUCCAAGUUAAAAGACAAGGUCUGGUACGUCGUGCCCAGUUGCGCGACGACCGGAGAGGGCCUCCUCGAGGGUCUCGCCUGGCUGUCUAACAACGUCAAGGCGCCCCCCGCCCCGGCCAAGAAGUAA